AUGCAAGAAUCUGUAGUGAAAGAGAGAGUGCAGAUUGUUUACCUACCUGUCCUGGGUGUAACUGACAAUCCGCGGCAGUUCAGUGCUGCUGCCUGCUCCAUCUCUCUCGCCUUCCUUCAACAUCAAGCAAGAAUGAAGCUUCAUCCACAUCCACAUUCACUCCCCGGAAACCGCCGAAUCACGUUGAGUAUCUGCCGGCUGCGGCGGCUUCCUCACAUAUUCGCAAAGGUUCUAGAGCUUCCAUUCCCUCGGGACACGGCAGUUUCAGUGGUGGAAACACCCGAUUCACUGGUAUUCAGGGUGGCGGUGGCCACUGAAACUGGAGAAGAAGAAGAAGAAGAAGAAGGGAUGGGAGGCGAAAUUAGGGCGGAAGUGAAGGAAAUUCGCCCAGGAAUGAGUAAGAUUGUAGUGAGGGGGGGUAGCGGAAGCGGAUUGGGAUUGGGAUUGGCGGAGGCGACCUCCGAAUUGGAGGUGGAUAUGUGGCGAGUUCGGCUGCCGGAUUUGGUGCGAGCAGAGCUGGCUGAGGCAAGUUACGAAGACGGGCAGCUGGCAGUGAAGGUGCCCAAGGACAACAAAGUCGCGUAACAGCAGUACAGCACCAACAUUGUGUCGUAUCGUAUCAUAUGAUCAUCGUCACAAGAACUAUAAUAAGAGAGGGAGAGGGAGAGGGAGAGGGAGGACUGACCGGGCCGGGUGGGUCUGUCCCGUCCGUCGGUCAGUCAGACAGGGACGCUGAUAAUAUAGUACUAUAAAUCAAGGCACAAACCAAAUAAAACUAAAACUGAUGCAUCUGUCUAUCUAAUAUCACCUUCUACUCUGUGUUGUGUUGUGUUUUGUUUGUAUUGGGGAGAGUUUAGGGUUUAGGGCUG